CCGCUUCCACAUAGAUCUCUAACAGCUAAUAAGAUAAUGCCAAAAGUUAUUCAUUAAUCGAGGUCAUCUCAUAAAGCCAGACUGUGAAAAUUUCCCCUAGAUAGAACAGCAAACAACUCUGUCUGCAGCGGCCAAGAAACAACCAUGGGAAACUUUCAUCCAACCAUUAAACAUCAUCAUAAUUUUGACGCAGAGCGAGAUGCCAAGAAACUUCACAAAGCAUGCAAGGGAAUGGGAACGGAUGAAAAAUCAAUUAUUGAAAUCCUAGCAAACAGGAGCUCCGAGCAACGACAACAAGUGAAAGAGAAAUUUAAGUCAAUGUACGGCAAGGAUUUGGAUGGUGUGCUAAAGAGCGAACUGAGCGGUAAUUUUGAAAAGACAGCCCUGGCCCUGCUGGAUCGCCCUUGUGAGUACGAUGCCCGGGAGCUCAGGGGCGCGAUGAAAGGAGCCGGAACCAACGAAUCGCUGCUCAUACAGAUCCUAUGUACAAGGGCCAACCAGCAAAUAAGGGCUAUACGUGAAGCAUACAGAAGACUGUUUGACAGAGAUUUGGAGUCUGAUAUAAAAAGCGAGACAAGUGGAUACUUCAGUAAAAUCCUUGUUUCAUUGCUCCAGGCUAACCGUGAUGAGGGUCUUGAUAUUAAUGAAGACCUUGCCGGUCAAGAUGCCAAGAGACUGUAUGAAGCUGGAUCAGACCGAUGGGGUACAGAUGAAUCAGAGUUCAAUGUCAUUUUGGCUACAAGAAAUUAUAUGCAAUUACGGGCCACAUUCAAAGCCUACGAGAUUCUUCACGGUAAAGAAAUUGAGGACGCUAUUAAAAGUGAAACAUCAGGAGACCUGAAAAAAGCAUAUAUGACAAUAGUUCAGUGCACCAAGGACUGCCAAGGAUACUUUGCUAAGAAGCUGCACAAGGCCAUGAAGGGAGCUGGGACCGACGAGGAAGCUUUAAUUCGUAUCCUUGUCACCAGAGCCGAGAUCGACCUCGAGACAAUCAAGGAAAGAUACCAGCAGUUGUACCAGAGAAGCCUGGCCGAAGCUAUUAAAUCAGACACGUCGGGAGAUUUCUGCAAAAUCCUCCUGGCGCUGCUACAUUAAACAAGAUAUAGAAUGUAACCCAUGUUAAUGUUUAAGCUAAUAUCACAUGUUUAAUAUUCCCGUACGACCGACCUCAGCUCUUCUUAGUUUGUCAUAUUCUGAUGGUAAACAAAUCCGACUUCGUCUGUAUGGAAGAGAUAGAAAUGGGAAUGAUUUAUGUUUUCACGCAAAAUAAACAUGUUUUGGUGACAAAUGUAA